CUUACUACUAGUGAGCUCAUGAUCGUCUCAUAAUUGUGUAUUUCUCCUUUGCUGUUUGAUGAGUUUCUUUCCGAUCUUCCAGCGCAAACCUCAAACUGCAAUCAUGGCUCCCAACGUCACCAUUCGCAAUGUCAGCAACAAUCCCCUGACUCUAGUGUUGGUCGAGCAUUUCGACCCUGCUCCAGAUGAGGGGUUUCAGAUGCAAAACGUGACAAUGUCGCUGGCCUCGGUGACCAACAGCAUUGGCCUGACGAACAGCACCACAAGGAAAGAAGUGCCAAAGAUCGAUGCUGAUGCCAAACCCUUUGCAACAAGAGACGUCUCGAUCAAAAUACCACCAUUCACCGUCGUGCCCACCGAUAUCAAGGCUGUCAUCAACAAGCCCAAUGAACGACUCAGGCUAACGUUCCAGACUGAUCUCGGAGGCAAGCAUCAGAUGUACUGUCCGGUGCCGACGAAAGAAACUGCAUCCUUGGUCGCGUUGGCGCCGAACCCCAAAAUGCGCUUUACUGGCAUUUAUCUCCCUGACUCGUCCUACGUCGCACUGUUCAACACGUCGAACUUGGAGGCGUGGAUGAAGGAACUGCCAGACGAGACACCUCUAGGUGCGUUGUCGAUCCCAGGCACGCACAACUCUCCGACACACCACAAUGCACCACCCUCGGUGCGAUGCCAGGCUGUCUCGCCUAAAGAACAGUUGGAAAAUGGUGUUCGUUUCUUCGACAUCCGCGUCCAAGUACCAGAGCCGUACGAUCCGAACUCAGACAAGCUGCAUCUCGUCCAUGCUGCAUUUCCAAUAGCUUUGUCGGGGACCAAGUAUUUCCGAGACCUCUACAACACCAUCUUGCAGUUCUUGAAGGAUCAUCCUAGUGAGACACUGAUCCUCUCGCUGAAACGCGAGGGCACCGGCAAAGGAACCGACGAGCAAUUGUCACGCAUCCUCAAGAAUCACUACACCAAUUUACGUGAGUGGUUCACCGAACCCCGUGUCCCUUCAUUGGGCGAGGUUCGAGGACGCAUCGUCCUCCUGCGUCGGUUCGUGCUGGAAGAACCACUCCGCAAGGAAUGGGAUGGACGCGGUUGGGGCAUUGACGCCCAAAUCUGGGCGGACAACACACCCAACGCCAUGUGUCCAUCCGGUGACGUUUGCGUCCAGGACUUCUACGAGGUCCUCGAGAAACCAACGAUCGAGAAGAAGAUCCAGUACGCGAGGGACCAUCUCGAGCGUAGUGGCUGUUGUAAGUUCGAACGUGGAAAUGUCCAGGCUCAGGGAGACAAGAAAAAUCCUCUCUACGUGAACUUUUUGAGCGCAAGUAACUUUUGGAAAGUCGGGACUUGGCCAGAGAAGAUCGCGGCUGAGGUCAAUCCUGCGGUCACUGCACAUCUGUGCCAGAACCACAUGUUGGAAGAUCAAGGCCGUGUCAAAGAUGGAGAUUGGUCCACUGGCAUUGUAGUAACGGAUUGGGUUGGUCAGGGUGGCGAUUGGGAUAUUGCGCGAGCCAUCGUUGGAAUGAACUCGAAGUUGGUUCGUUAGAUAUUAUAACUUUGGUGGUAUAAGGAAGAAUCUAUGUUUUUCAUGUCUUUAGACGUC